GAUAAUUGCAACCAUCGAUAUUAGCCGUCGCCUGGCUUUUGCUGGAUACCCGAUUAACAAAUCUACAUUGAUUUCCUGUCCGCGCUCGUCUAUUUCGCCAUCGAAGCACCGUCUGUGUCGCCGCCAAAACAGUUAGCAAGGGGGGUCAUACGCUAGACCACCCCCCUCCUCCUCUUUAACACCAACUCCCCUCCUCUCUCGCUCUGUCAUCCUCCUCUCCAUCAUCACCCUUUCGACUCCCUACAGCCAAACCUCUCCCAUGGCCGACUACGCUCCUCCCUCAGGGCCUCCGCCGCCCAAGGCCCCCGAAGUUCCUGCCGGCUGGGCCGCCCGGUGGAACGACCAGUACAAAGAAUGGUUCUACGUAAACAUCUACACCAAGAAAUCCCAAUGGGACAAGCCCACCAGUCCUGUCUAUCCUGACGGAGACGCCCCGCCUUCUGGUCCCCCUCCUGGCUACGACGGUCGCAACGCUCCCCACACUUCCGAUGCCAAGACGAACCCCUAUGGCGAUCACAGCAACUCUGGAGGCUCAUCGUCAAGGCAAAACCAGGAAGACGAGGAUGCCCGCCUGGCGGCCAAACUGCAGGCCGAAGAAAAUGCACGAAACCGCGGCGGCUCUAACCCUCCUGGCUAUAACUAUUCUGGAGGUGCUGCCGACUCGUACCGCCAGCAGAGCACCAGCCCGUACCCUCCCCCGCAGAGCAGCCCAUAUGGUACGCCUCAGCCGCAGCAGCAACAGGGCGAAUCGAGGGGUCUUCUGGGCAAGCUGACCAGCAAGAUCGCCGGUAAGUCUCCCGGUGGCUUCCCCGGUGCCCCCGGUGCUGGCGGCUACUCGGGCUAUGGACCGCCUCAGCAGCAAUACGGCGCUCCCCCAGCCCCAUAUGGCGGCCAGGCUCCUUACGGAGGAGCACCUGGUGCCUACGGCGGCGGGUAUGCUCCCGGAUAUGGCGCUCCUCCUCCAGCUCCUUAUGGCCAGCCCGCUUAUGGCUAUCAACAGCAGCAGCCUCAGAAGAAGAGCGGAGGUGGUCUCGGUUUGGCGGGAGGAGCUGCCCUCGGUCUCGGUGCUGGUGUCGUGGGUGGUCUCUUGAUAGAUGGUGCUAUUGAUCACUUCGAAGACGAAGGAUAUGAGCGGGGCUAUGAUCAAGGAUAUGACAAUGGAUACGACAACGGAUUCGAUGAUGGCGGCGAUGGCGACUUUUAAUUAGUGGACUAUGUGAGCUAGCUGCAUGUUUGUUGUCAUUUAUAUAUAUACAUAUAUGAUGCAUGGCUAGAGGAAAGAAUUAGGGUUGGUAAUUUUACUUGUUUGCCUGGUUGGUCUGCUUUUAGCUAUUCACAAGACAAGACUUAAUAUUGUCGUUUUGGCUAGGAUUAGGAGGACGGCGUUACGGAAUAAUGCCAAUCAUAUGAAGCUGAUGAUACAAGAUAAAAAAAAGCCCUGAGAUUUUCAAAGUUCCUCAGAGCCCUGCCUUGAAACC